AUGGAUAUCAACUUGUACAUCCACAGUAUUGAAGCGGAGCUGGCCACGAGGGACACAACUGUGAGGGAGGACGACGAGGAGGAAGAAAAUGUGGUGUACUGCCUGCACAUUAAAGUGGAGAGUGGCGACGCGAGGGGAGAUUCAAGCAGCCGGAGAAGCAGUGGGGCAGGCAAUGGGUCAACCAGUGGGGCAAACGGUUGGACAAACAGUUCGUCAAACGGUCAGCCAAGUAUUGACGCAAAUGGCCGCCACUAUGGCGCGGAGCGUGUUCUGAAGAACGAAACGCCGAAUGGACUCUUUUACGAAACGCCAUGGUACAUGUGCGUGAAGAAGGGACAAAAUGAAAUAUGCAUCAUGUCUUACGAAGUCAACAUUUCACACGCGUUUAACAUGCUGGAGAGGGACGAGGGACUCACCCUGUACGUGCUGCGUAAAGACCUGAACAAAGACAAAGUCGAUUACCUGCACCGAAGCGAAUUGAACAUGAAGAACAGAAGACUCUACGAUAAGAACUAUUGUAUCCUUUUCGAAAAUGAUAAACUAAAGGGGAAAAUAAAAGUGUAUUUAAAAAAUGGAAUCAUAUAUAAUCAUACAUUAAGUGAAAUAAAAACGGGUAAUUAUUUGAAAGACGUCCAUUUGCAGAAAUUCUUUCCAAGUGAAUUUCCCACAGAGUCAGGUCAACCACAACUGGACGACAAGAUUGAACAUGGUCCAAAAGAACAAAGCGGAUUGUCACAAGACAAGCAUAUAAUUAACGAGUUUAAUGAACUGCUUAACGUGAGGAGAGUUUUAUACUGGGUGUACAUAGACGACAACGGGAAGGAACAGGGGCCGUUCAACAGCAACACCAUUUUUACUUGGAUCAUAAAUGAGUAUUUUGAGGACGAUACGUUAAUCAGAUUACACGAUAAGGGUAAGUACUACAAAAUGUGCGAAGUGAUUAGCUAUAUUGAAAAAAACGUGUUACUAAAUUGUGGAAGCCAUGAACUGGUUGGUGAAAACAUGGGGAACAACAUUCAGGGUUCCUUUCCCCAGGGAGUGAAUAUUAACUGGGAAGUUUCGAGAGAGAGCCAAACGAAGAAACAGAAAAGUUUCAUGCACGGGGGAGCUACUACCCCAAAUAACAUGGGCGGUUACGUCAUAAACAGAAGUGAUAUGUAUUCUCCUGAAGGGGAGUACAUUGGACAGUACACAAAGAAGACUUCCCUAGAAUUAAACAACAAGGAUAGAAGGGAGGAUGGGACAAAGAAACCCACUUGUGAUGUUCGCAGUAAGAGUGAAGAUUUUCCAAAGGGGGCAGAUGUCACAAUUUAUAAUACAGCACAUAAUAACAAAAAUGUAAAAAAAAAAAAUCAAGUGAAAAGGCUGAAAAAGGAGAUUAAAAGGAUCAAAGACGAAAUGGUUAAGUUGAAGGAGAGUGCUUGCUCGAGUAGACGUCCCAUUUAUGAUGAUCCGGAGGUGGAAGCACGUCACGACUGGUCCCCUCCUUGUGGGGAGAACAGGGUGUCCAAUGUAACGUCCAAUUUAACCUCCAACGGGGCAUCGAAACAGAAUUACAGCAUCCCCCAAAAGGAAUCACAGAUUAGUACAAAUAAUAAUGUAACUCAUGAGACGACUCACAAUGGGCCUCCCCAAGAAAAUGCCAGACCAGACACACAUCGGUGUGAACAGAACGUAGGGAGAAAUACCGCCCAGAAUAACGGAGAAAGUGUAAAAACUGGACAUGUUAAAGCGUGUGUAAAUUACACCAAUUCUGCUUUUUCAAGCGAAGCUGACAUGAUCGAAAAAAUAAUUAGUGACAUUAAUGAAGAGUUUCGAAUAAAAGAGAUUCACCAAAAACAGAGGUGCAUGGAAAUUGCCAUGAGUAGUAUAAGUCAAGCUCAGGAGUGCCUUCUCAACAUAAAGAAGAAGAGAAUGACUUCCUACCUGAACAGAAUAAUCAACUUAUCAAUUCAUGACGAGGCAAUAUACAUCGGGGAGGACAAUCGCGAAAUGGUCUCUAUGGAGCGGAGACACUUGAAGAAGAAAGCGCCGAAUGAUGGCACCUUUCGACGUAUACGCAGCGUUGCUUAUGAUGGCUUGUGUGAAACAUGCCCAACGUGUGCUACUCCAAAGAAAAUAAUCCUUAACAAGAGUGCGUUAGGAAGUAUCUACCACGUGAUGGGCAAAAAGGGUUACUUCCACGCGAGGGGGAAGUUCUCAAACGGGGGCCUCGAAAGGUCACCGAGGAGGCAGAAGAAGGUGGGAUAUUCGUUAGUAAUAAAUGAGGGGUCGCUGAAAAGUGUUGAGAAGGUUAAAGUGGUGAAUGGGGGAAGGAGGGAACAGGGAAGAAGGGAAGAAUUGGCAAGCAGCAGGGAAAACAAGAGGGAAAACAAGGGUGAAAAUAAGAGGGCGCAAGGAAGGAGCUGCGAGGAAGUUUCCAAGGAACAGGCAACCACUCUGUGCCUCAACCGCCAGAACAACGCAGAAGUUGUGUACAACUACUACAUAAGUUACGACCAAUUUUUAAAGUGCAUAAUUUUGAUACAGCGCAGUGUAAGGACGUGGUUAACCAGAAGAAAAAGGCGUAGCUCCGGGGGGAGCAAAAAUCAAUACGAUGUUCGUAAAUCGGAAGAAUUAGGCCACUGCUGUCCUCUUAGGAGUAACGCCUUAGGUGACAACGAUGGGGAGAAAGAGAAAGACCCAGGAGAGCAUCCAACUGGAAUAAAAAAAGAAAAGUACAACUCAGAGAUAAUAAAUCGUAUAUUCGAAAAGGUGCAGUUUGUGAAUAAUGAAAAGAAGGAAAUACAUGAAUCGUAUGCUACUUUUUUCGAGCAAGAAAUGGGAAACAAAAUGGAAGGGAGAAAAGCAUCCAUAUUCUCAUCCCUGCCACAUAGUGUUGAGGCGGAGAGAGAUGACAUUCCCGUGGGUUCCUCGCCAAAUGGUAACUAUCUUUUUCAUAAGAACAACCAGAUGAAUAAUUAUGAGCAAGAUCAACUGAAGAGGAGGUGCGACGAGAGGGGACUGCUUGACAGGGUUGACAAGCUUCAUGGAGACCUAUUUGAAAGUGGAGGCAACUCGCUCAGAAGGGGACACACCGAAAUGGUUAAACAAACGUAUGGCGUCAAAAAUGACGAUAUAAAUUUUGAGAAACCAGAGGUGAGAUCAUGUAAGCAAAACGUUCAUGAGCUUCUGUGUAACCUCUUAAGUAAGUACAAAAAUGCCAGCGAGGAAAAUGGGACGAACGAAAAAUUGAACAACCUCCACCCAAACGAACAAUUUACACGUAACCUAAAAAAGUACAAUAGCUUCCUCAAGUCGAUAGAGAAAAAAGACAUCUCUGGAAAGAGGGACACAUUACUAUCAUUUGUGGACAACUUGAAAUUUGAUAACAUAUUGGGUGAAAAGAAAAGAUAUUGCCAACUGCAAAAGGGUUUAAAGAGCAGUUGUGCCAUGCCCAGGCCAGGUUCGUUUCUCAGCUAUAGAGAAACCCCCGCCAAUAACUGCAGUUACAAUGAUAAAGGACAGAAUGGAGUGGAUGACGCUAGCACCAAGGGGGGAAGUAACAUAGGCAGAAGUGACAACAAAGUGGCACAAAUUAAAUUUCUCCAAAAGGGCAAUUUUUUUUGUAAAAAUCUUUCUGAAAAGGAUGGAAAUGGGAUGGACUAUCCCGUGGGCAAAAAUACUGUGAGCCAUUUUUUGCUGAACAAAGUUGGCAAUAAAAAUUUGGAAAACACCAUAACGGAUAAUAUUUAUGAUGGAUGUUAUUCAGAUCAUUUCAUAGCAGAUCGUCACCGUGUCUUCAUUACGAAGAGGUGA